AUGGAUGGUGGCUCCAUUUCUCGUUUUUGUGCCACCAGACCCGAUGCAACCACUGGCGUGGAGACGGCGGAAUCAAUUCCCCGGUUCCUGUUAGUAAAGAGUACCGAAGACGGUAUGGACAACUUUGACAAAAUGAACCCAUUUUUAAUUACGAGGUCAAUGUACGGUUUAAUUGGAGAAACUAGGUUAAUUAGAAAAGUUAAAGAUGGAUUAUUAGUACAGACGAAAACAGAAAAACAGACAAAGAAACUUCUUGAAACAACUACGUUUGCAGGAAAAGGGGUUACAGUUGAACCGCAUGGUCAACUAAAUACAUCGAAGGGUGUUAUAUAUUGCAAGGACUUCUUAAACUGUACAAUAGAGGAAAUACUGGAAGAAGUGAGGCAUAUUGGAGUAACACAGGUUAGACGGCUGAAAACUAAAAAAGAUGGCGUAUUAGUUGACACACCCAGUCAUGUACUUACAUUCAACACUCCAAAUUUACCAACAAAGAUUAGAGCAGCCUUUUAUAGUUUCAAUGUCAGGCCAUUUAUACCUCCACCAAUCAGAUGUUUUAAUUGUCAACUAUUUGGACAUGUUGCUGAAAAAUGUAAAGUUGAGAAAAGAUGCGCGUGUGGAAAACCUCCACAUGAUCCACCUUGUGAAGAACCCAAAAAGUGUGUGAACUGUGAAGGUCCACACUCUGCUGGUUAUAAAAACUGUCCGUCGUAUAAACGUGAAUGCGCAAUACAAAAAAUUAAAACCCUUGAAAAAGUGUCAUAUGUAGAAGCAAAGAAAAAAGUAUUAAUUAACACGCCUAAACCGAAUAUGUCCUACACUGCAGCGGUGACUACUCCGACUAAAGUAGAAGAUCUCAUUAAACAGAUGUUACCGCGUAUGGAAAAUAUAAUUAAGAAUACAAUCUUUGCAGCUGUAAAUCAAUCAAAAUCAAUAAGCGAUUUUACUGUCCCAUCCAGAUCGAGAUCAGACUCGGUCUCAACAAAUGCCUCUAAAAGAGGAAAUGAUCAUUUAGACACAACGUCUGAGGAUGAAAACAGAGCGCCUGCAAAGAGAAAACCAGGGUGGCAGAAGGGUAGACCAAGAAAACCACCCUCAGAGAAAUAA